GAGCUGAGCAGUACAGGUCAGCUGACUGUUGUGAUCAACUAGCGGUUGUUGUUAACGUCUCAUCCGAAGAGGAGCCUAGCAGAGAGGGCCCUCACCUGUCCGUCCAGCCGCUCUCCCACCGGACAGUCCUUUCCACCGAUAAGCGGCCGCGUCUUCCCGCCCUCCGCAGGGAUGAGUGUCGGUGUUCCGAGAGGCCUGGCCAGCUCGGGGCAGAAGCUCAUCACGGAGAUCCUCCACCCGCUGUCCGCCGCCGAGGAGCCGAUGUCUCCGGGGCCAGAUGUCACCGCGGGCGCAGAUCAGGAAAAGCAGGAGCCUGGCCUGACCAACGGUGCGCCCGUGGAGAUCUCCAGUCCCUCCUCUGCAUCGGUGCUGCUCAGCAGGCUGCAGCUGGACGACGAGCUGGAGGCAGACGAUCAGGACCCGUACGGCUCCACAGAAGCCCGCGACCUCUUCGUCACCGUCGACGACCCGAAGAAACACGUCUCCACCAUGGAGACCUACAUCACCUACAGAGUCUCCACUAAGACAACACGGAUAGAGUUCGACCUCCCGGAGUACAGCGUGCGGCGGCGCUACCAGGACUUCGACUGGCUGAGGACAAAACUGGAAGACAGCCAGCCGACCCACCUCAUCCCACCGCUGCCUGAGAAGUUUGUGAUGAAGGGCGUGGUGGACCGCUUCUCGGAGGAGUUUGUGGAGACAAGGAUGAAGGCUCUGGACAAGUUCCUGAAGCGUGUCGCGGACCACCCAGUUCUGUCUUUCAACCCUCAUCUUAAUGCCUUUCUGACUGCCAAGGACCUGAACAAGCGUCAGGGUCUGGCCCUGCUGACCAAAGUGGGAGAAUCUGUAAAGCAUGUCGCCGGAGGCUACAAGCUGCGGGCGCGGCCGGCCGAGUUCUGCGCCAUGGGAGAGUAUCUGGACACCUUCAGCCAGAAACUGGGAACCAUUGAUCGCAUCGCUCAGAGAAUCCUCAAAGAGCAGUCAGAGUACCUAACGGAGCUGCGUGAGUACGGUGCUGUGUAUUCCAGCUGGGCUGGGUCAGAGGAGCAGCUGCAGCGCCCCCUGGAGGGCGUGGCCGGCUGCGUGACCACAAGCUGUGGUGCCUUGGAGGAUCUGAGCGACAACAUGAGCCAGGACUUCCUGCCCGUUCUCAGGGAAUACGUUCUUUACAUCGAAUCUAUGAAGAACGUUUUGAGGAAACGAGACCAAGUUCAAGCGGAGUACGAGGGCCGCCUCGAAGCAGCUGUGUUACGCAAACAAGAAGAUCGAACCCCUAUUCCUGUGGAAGUGGAGAAAUGCCAGGACAAAGUGGAGUGUUUCAACGCUGACCUGAAAGCAGACUGGGAACGCUGGCAGAGAAACAAGAGGCAAGACUUCAAACAGCUCCUCACGGGGAUGGCCGACAAAAACAUCAACUAUUAUGAAAAGUGCCAGGAUGCUUGGGAGUCCCUCAUAACUCUCCUCCAGGAAAAACAGACUGAGGACAAAACGAGUGAGACGAACUGAACCUAAUGUGUUCUUUCACCUCUCGCUCACCCACGCCACGGAAAACCCCCCCAAAACAAAACAAAAAACAGCUGCUGGGGCUGCAGGUUCUAACUGCUGAUGUCUGCCUCCGGUUCUACUGAGAGAAGAUCCCACAGGAAGCAGCUGCCUUCGAUUCGACCUGCGAGGAAAGACGGUGUUGAGCGGUGCGUUUGAGGUCAGCUGGGAGAGUAGAGAACCUCCUGUACAGAUCUUUAUUUUUUUUCUAUGGACAUUUUCUACCUAACACUUCAAUCUUUUUUUUUGUUGCCAAUGCUGCUUGUGUUUAUUUAACUACCUUUGUGGAGAGAUGGGGCCCUCUCCAUUUCACACUGAGCCAAAUGACUAUCGAGGAGCACAAAUGCCACAGUUCAAUAAACCAUUCAUUUGGUAAAUAAAUAUUUAUCUGCUUCCAAUUGAAUAAAAUUGUAGAGGAAUUGAUUGAUUGGUUAUUAUUUGAUUGAAAUUAUUCAGAAGCAUUUUUUAUUUUAGUUUAAUUAAUAAAAUCAGGAGACUGCUCCACAGCUGAGUUUCAUUGCUGUUUAAAUCAUCUCUUGAUCAAAUGCAGCACAAAGCCUGGUAAAAGUGAGUAAAUAUGGAAGUGGUUGCUUCUAAUAUGUGAUGCUGUUUAUUUAAAACUAAACCAAGUCCUUUAUAAUGGAUAUAGAAUUUUUUUUUAUUUACGAAAUAAUUCGACUUAUUGGAUUGUGGCAUUUAUUUUGCUCUUGAUUAAUAAGAAUAACUUGCAAAAAAAGUGGAUUUUUAUUUGGACGUUUUUUGUGUUUGUUUUAUUUUCUCCUACUAGGAAUUAAAAAAAAA